AUGCCUAGGCGGACGCAUGGUCUGGUCAGUCGACAUGGACGACACAAGCAAGCAUCAGUGAAUUUGAAUGCAGCUGGACUAGAGCUGAUAGGGGACGACGUUUCUGCAAACCCUGCUUUUGCAGUCAGAAAGCUGUCGGCAACGAGCUCCCAGAAUGCUGUCAACCUGAUUUCCUACUGGACUGACUGUGCUGCUGAGCCUCAGUGUAACGCAGGAUUUACGCUGUGGACAACGGGCCAUGGAAAGGUGUACGAUGCCGACAAAGGUGUCUAUACUGGCGAUGGGUGUCACGGUGGAGGGAAAGGAUUCAAUCGCGGCCUUUGCGUGGAAUCCGAUGUUCAGGCAGUCAAUUGCCAGUGGUACGGAAAGGCUAAAGGCUGUUCCCAAACGUGCCCUGCAGGUACCAUUCUACUCGCCCAGAAUACACACAUUAGUGGCGCAAGCACUGGCUGUAAAACCGGGCACUUCUCCAGCUACUGCUGUGAAGAGAUUUACACCAAUUCCCUCGCGGUUUGUCCACAGACCAAUGUCAACAAUGCCCUUACAGGCGGACUGGGCGUUGUUCGUAAAGAUGCAACGUCUGUCCGACUCCUGAAAGAUGCCCCCGAUCUGAGCACAUUCCAAGAAUGUUUUUGGGCCAUAGUGGGCUUUCUUUCUCUAGUCGCCGCGGGGAAUUACCUCGUGAACAACAUUCCCGGUCACUGGAACGCUAACGGGCAGUUUCAACCCCAGCACAACCGGAUUUAUCCAGCAUCAGUGACAUCCCAAGCAUGCACCACGACUACCACAUCUCACACCACCAUAACCACCCUCACCUCGAGCCCGAAAACCGUCACUUGUGAUGGCAACAGAUACCCUCAGGCAUGCGCACACUACAGCUCGGUGAUCGACUUACACCAGUAUUCCACGCUGAUUUGCCCCGUCAAUAAGUUGGUCAGUCGCACAGCCACAUCCACCUGGAACGAGCAGCAUGUAAAUGCAUGGCGGUCAUGGGUCCCUAAUCUCCCCGCCCGCUACAACUGGAACCACUGUGAUCGCCACGAAUAUCCGCCCUUUGCGUAUGUGGAAAGAACCGGAUCACCAUACACUCAAUGGAUCCGCCUCCUGCCCUCAAGCGAGAAUCGCGGCGGCGGGCCGAUCACCAGCAGCACGUGCACCGAGAUUGUCUCAACAAUAUACACUCUGAACGGGCUGGUCAUGGAGUUCACCAAUGUGCAGGGCUAUUCCAUGAGCGACAAUCCCUGCCUGCCGGUAGUUAUCACCGACGAUCCAGGAUUUGCUCUAUUCACCAACGACCCUUGGUACGUGGCGGUCCAGCAGCAGCAUAAUUCGGCCGCCUACGCAUUACCGCCAGUGGCUGCGCUGACCCAGGGAAAGACUGCGCCUCGAAUCGGACGCAAUAUCGCAAAACGGGAGAGCUCUGACUUCUGGGUAGUGGAUGAAGGUAACUCGUCUCGUCAAGCGACCCCGGAAGAAGUGUUUGAAGACAUGGGUCUCAUCAGAUGCGAGUCCACGGACUGUGAGAAGGAGCUGAAGGAGAUGGGACUGCUUCGCGAUCAUGGCCAUGAUCGUGAUGCAAGUGAUACAACCUCCAGCGCCCCGGUCGUGCUUACAACUCCGCUGGAAGCGACACCAGGCUCGCGAACCGACUCUAGGAAGGUGGUAGUUCCCUCACAACCGAUCGAGACGGGCAGAGGGGCUCGGAACCACCUCGAGCGACAUAGAAGAAGCGGGACCUCCCAUCACCAUUGA